ACACAUACAACAUUUGGGAUACACGUUCGUCGGGUAGAAAAUUAGGCAAAAAAUUUUUUUACAAUAUUUAUAAAGUACGGCAAAUUCCAAAUCACAUUGCAUGCACGUGCAUUUAGCGUCCGCUGGUACUGCUCAUCAUUCCGGGCUUAUGCAAGUGUCAAAAAGGCCCAAGCAACGUCGUGUUCGAGUCGCUGACUUUAUAACCACAAAAUUUUCUCUGCCCAAUUUUCGCGACGGCAACGACGACUAAGAAAAUCUGAGAACGCGCUAUAUCUAAAAGUUGGAGUUGGUGCAUGUGGCUUCGUCAUCGUGGUUUCUUUUACUUUAUGCUCAAUUGAAGUAAAUCGUAACAAUAAACAACAGAGCUCGAUUUCGCAAACAACCAUUACCACGUAAACAGCUGUACGCGAUUUGCUUUUCUUAUUCUGAAUUAAUCGAAAUCUUUACUUAACAUAAGCCCAGUCGAAAGCAAUUUAAAAAACAUUCAUUAUAAAGAGUACCUGGGACUAAGUGAAAAUGUCUGCCGAACGCGAAAUACCCGCUGAGGACAGCAUCAAAGUCGUCUGUCGUUUUCGUCCUUUGAACGACAGCGAGGAGAAGGCCGGCUCCAAAUUUGUAGUGAAAUUUCCAAAUAGUGCGGAGGAGAAUUGCAUAUCCAUUGCGGGCAAGGUGUAUCUAUUCGACAAAGUCUUCAAGCCGAACGCCUCGCAGGAGAAGGUAUACAAUGAAGCCGCCAAGUCCAUUGUCACAGACGUCCUGGCCGGUUACAAUGGCACGAUAUUUGCCUACGGUCAGACAUCGUCCGGAAAAACGCACACAAUGGAGGGCGUCAUUGGUGACUCGGUGAAGCAGGGCAUAAUUCCGCGUAUUGUCAACGACAUCUUCAACCACAUCUAUACGAUGGAAGUGAACCUUGAAUUCCACAUAAAGGUUUCAUACUAUGAAAUCUAUAUGGACAAAAUUCGAGAUUUACUUGAUGUGUCCAAAAUAAAUUUGAGCGUGCACGAGGACAAGAACAGGGUGCCGUACGUAAAAGGUGCAACAGAACGUUUCGUCUCUUCACCUGAAGAUGUUUUUGAGGUAAUCGAAGAGGGAAAAUCCAAUCGACACAUUGCAGUUACAAACAUGAACGAACACUCUUCGCGCUCUCAUUCAGUAUUCCUUAUCAACGUGAAGCAGGAGAACUUGGAGAAUCAAAAGAAAUUGUCUGGCAAAUUAUAUUUGGUCGAUUUGGCAGGUUCGGAAAAAGUUUCAAAGACAGGAGCCGAGGGCACGGUGUUGGACGAGGCAAAGAACAUAAACAAAUCGUUGUCAGCGCUGGGCAACGUCAUCUCGGCUCUGGCUGAUGGCAAUAAAACGCACAUACCAUAUCGUGACUCAAAGCUGACGCGCAUUCUUCAGGAGUCGCUUGGUGGCAACGCACGCACAACAAUCGUUAUUUGCUGCUCACCAGCUAGUUUCAAUGAGUCGGAGACGAAAUCAACGCUGGAGUUCGGUCGUCGUGCGAAGACAGUCAAGAAUGUGGUAUGCGUGAACGAGGAGCUCACCGCCGAAGAGUGGAAACGUCGCUACGAAAAAGAGAAGGAGAAGAAUGCACGCCUUAAGGGUAAAGUGGAAAAGCUAGAGCUGGAAUUGGCUCGUUGGCGUGCCGGCGAAACGGUUAAGGCAGAGGAGCAAAUCAAUAUGGAGGAUCUCAUGGAGGCCAGCACGCCCAAUCUUGAAGUUGAAGCGCCGCAGGCGGCCAAUGCAGCAGCUGCCGCCGCUGCAGCAAAUCGAACGGCUAUUGCCAAUAUGUCGGCCUCAGUGGCUGCCGACGAACGUGCUCGACUUGCCACAGAAUGCGAGCGUUUGUAUCAGCAGUUGGAUGACAAGGACGAGGAAAUUAACCAGCAGAGUCAGUAUGCUGAGCAGCUUAAAGAACAGGUGAUGGAACAGGAGGAGCUGAUUGCCAAUGCUCGUCGCGAAUAUGAAGCUUUGCAAUCAGAAAUGGCGCGCAUACAGCAGGAGAACGAGUCCGCAAAGGAAGAGGUCAAGGAAGUGCUGCAGGCACUCGAGGAACUGGCUGUCAACUACGAUCAAAAAUCUCAAGAAAUAGAUAACAAGAACAAGGAUAUCGAUGCGCUAAACGAGGAGGUGCAACAAAAACAGACCCUGCUUAACACAACGUCAACCGAGUUGCAGCAACUAAAGGACAUGUCAACACACCAGAAGAAGCGGAUUACAGAGAUGUUGACCAAUUUGCUACGUGAUCUCGGCGAGGUAGGACAGGCAAUAGCGCCCGGUGACAGUGCAAUCGAUCUAAAGAUGAGCGCCUUGGCGGGCACCGAUUCGAGCAAGGUGGAGGAGGACUUCACCAUGGCUCGCCUCUACAUAAGCAAGAUGAAGACAGAGGCGAAAAACAUUGCACAGCGCUGUGCUAAUAUGGAGUCCCUCCAAGUAGACUCCAACAAAAAGAUUUCCGAAUAUGAGAAAGAUUUGGGUGAGUACCGUCUGCUGAUAUCACAGCAUGAGGCGCGUAUGAAGUCCCUGCAGGAAUCGAUGCGAGAGGCCGAAAAUAAGAAGCGCACACUAGAAGAACAAAUCGACUCGUUGCGCGAGGAGUGCGCCAAGCUGAAAGCUGCCGAGCAUGUGUCCGCAGUAAAUGCCGAGGAGAAACAGCGUGCCGAGGAACUGCGAUCCAUGUUCGAUUCGCAGAUGGACGAACUGCGCGAAGCACAUACCAAACAGGUGUCGGAGCUGCGCGAUGAAAUUGUCGCUAAGCAACAUGAAAUGAACGAGAUGAAGGACGUGCACCAGAAGCUGCUCCUGGCGCAUCAACAAAUGACCGUCGACUACGAGAAGGUGAAACAGGAAGAGGCUGAGAAAUCGAACAAACUGCAAGACAUCAUUAUGACCAACGAGCGGCGCGAACAGGCCCGCAAAGACCUCAAGGGCCUGGAAGAUACCGUGGCCAAGGAGUUGCAAACGUUACACAAUCUGCGCAAACUUUUCGUGCAAGAUCUACAGCAACGCAUACGGAAAAACGUUGUGAAUGAGGAAAGCGAGGAGGAUGGUGGUUCUUUAGCGCAGAAGCAGAAGAUUUCCUUCCUUGAAAACAAUCUCGAUCAGCUAACAAAGGUGCAUAAGCAGCUGGUGCGGGACAAUGCCGAUUUGCGCUGUGAGCUGCCCAAGCUGGAGAAACGACUGCGCACGACCAUGGAACGUGUCAAAGCGCUGGAGACUGCGCUCAAAGAGGCGAAGGAAGGCGCCAUGCGGGAUCGUAAGCGAUAUCAGUAUGAGGUUGAUCGCAUCAAGGAGGCUGUCAGACAAAAGCAUCUCGGCCGUCGUGGUCCCCAGGCACAAAUUGCAAAACCCAUUCGGGCUGGCCAGGGCGCCAUCGCUAUUAGGGGUGGUGGUGCUGUUGGCGGUGGUCCCAUAACUCCUCCAACUAGCUCUGUUAACUCCUAAAUGCAAUCGCAAGUUUUCUUGUCGCCGCAAUUCGUAUGCAAUUGGCCUGAACCACAGCCCAGUUGGAUGUAAUGUCUUAAAAUCCGCUUUAACCUAAAUGAAAUAUACAUAAUAUAUACUUAAA